GACAAGUCUUGUCGAGGUUAGUUGAACGCCCCCCUACACUUGCCUUGCGAUGUGAUCCCAGGAUGCUCACCCUCAUCGAUGCCCCCCCCCUUUCUCUAUCCCCUUCGUUUCAUCCUCGCACAGCUGCAAAUCUUUUGCUGUGUGAGAUGAUUCGGGAGGCGAAAAAGGAAGCAUGCCGGAUGAGGGGAUGAACCUUUCUGGAAAAAUCUCUUCCCAGAGGCAAUAAACGAGGCACAAAGAACAGGAACAAAAGACUAACUAAAUCACCCUUGCUAUCAGACCUUCAUCAAGAUGCAGAUCUUCGUCAAGACCCUUACGGGUAAGACUAUCACCCUUGAGGUGGAGUCCUCCGACACCAUUGACAAUGUCAAGUCCAAGAUCCAGGACAAGGAGGGUAUCCCCCCGGACCAGCAGCGUCUGAUCUUCGCUGGUAAGCAGCUCGAGGACGGCCGUACUCUUUCGGACUACAACAUCCAGAAGGAGUCCACCCUCCACCUCGUGCUCCGCCUGCGUGGUGGUGGUAAGAAGCGCAAGAAGAAGGUCUACACCACCCCCAAGAAGAUCAAGCACAAGCACAAGAAGACCAAGCUCGCCGUCCUCAAGUACUACAAGGUCGACGGUGAUGGCAAGAUCGAGCGUCUCCGCCGCGAGUGCCCCUCCCCCGAGUGCGGUGCCGGUAUCUUCAUGGCUGCCAUGCACAACCGCCAGUACUGCGGCAAGUGCCACCUCACCUACGUCUUCGACGAGUCCAAGUAAAUUGGCCUUUGACAAGUCGCCUAUCUUUCGCUCCAGCUGGAUGUGCUUCGAUCUUCCCCACGGAACUAGGACA